UUUAGGCCCCGCGCGGGUCUGGUACGGAGAGCAAGUCCGGUUGACCCCUUUCGGAAGGUAGAAGAGUAAUAUUUAUUCCUUAAAGUGUAGAGGAGCAGACGUUUGUGUCGAAAUUGAGGGGCACCGAAGUUGCGUGUUCUGUGGACGUCUUUUCAACCCAACCAGGACAUAGAAUUUAAGCCUUCUCUCAGAAGUGUAUGGUAGAACUAAAGACGACAACUAAGGGUCACCUGACAUUGUGAUUGGCUGAUAAUCCCAGGACAAAAUUACUAUUCAAGCAUAAGACUGCUACAAAGAUGUUUGAUAUAAAAGCUUGGGCUGAGUAUGUUGUGGAAUGGGCUGCAAAGGACCCAUAUGGCUUCCUUACAACAGUUAUUUUGGCCCUUACUCCAUUGUUUCUAGCAAGUGCUGUACUGUCCUGGAAAUUGGCCAAAAUGAUCGAGGCCAGGGAAAAGGAGCAAAAGAAGAAACAAAAACGUCAAGAAAAUAUUGCAAAAGCUAAACGACUAAAAAAAGAUUGAAGGAAUGAACAAGCUCUGCAACUAGAGAAAAAUCGUUUGGAAAAUUAUGCAGCUCUGGAAGGACCACUAAGGUUUCUUUUCUGGACCUUAUGACAGUAUUAUCUAGUAAACGAAGCCUGAGCAUAUGGAAGAAUCAUGUUAGUUCUCACCUGUACUAUAGCAACUUUUAGGCUUUGGUGUGGAAGUCUCUUGACAGUUAUUGUAAAUUGGCAUUUAUGCUACAAAGUCUUUAUUUAGUCAUUUGUCUUUUUGCAGUUUAAGUACUACAAUGAAAACAUCCUGUGGAUAAAAAUGACUUUAGAACGUGAACUCUAUUCAAAUAAUGGCUUAAAAUGGGGUCCUGUUCUGGACAAAGGAAGUUAAAAAUGUAAAAAUCAAAAUUGUCCUAACAUGAAAAGUGUGCUUUAGCUGAAAAGAGAGUAUAUUACUUACAUCUUUUAUCAUAAUUGUUUAUUUCUUGGAAUAGAAUCAUUUCUUCUGGCUUUCUCAGAGCAAAAUAAUCAAUGAGUAUUUCUAUUUUCUGCCUUUUUCUCAUUUUGGCUUUUGAGAUACUGGUAAUUAUUAAACAUUCUGCAUUUUUUAAAAAUCUAAUUUUAUACAGAAUUCUCUUAACUACGUAGUAUAACACUUACUGGAUAUAACAAUUUUUGUACUUAUGAACACCGCCAUUUUCUUAGAAGUGACUUGUUGAGUAGAGUAACACUAUGAUUUAAAGCUUGCAGUAAAAAGGCCAAACUUGGUAAUACCUUGGAACCAGCUUAUUCUCACUUGUGCUAAGUAGAAAUGUGAAGUUAAAAUGUCUGAUCAGUUCCCAUCAUGGCCCAGCAGUUAAUGAACCCGACUAGCAUCCACGAGGAUGCAGAUUCAAUCCCUGGCCUCUCUCAGUGGGUUAAGGCAU